AGGACCUCAAGCUUUGAUAUCUACCAAUGGCGUUCAUUGGGUCGAAUUCUGUUACGAUAUCAUUAUCAUUAUCAAGAAGAGUAAGCGUUUCCUAUCUUGACUGUGAAUGCCUACUGUCCCAGAGAUAGAAUAAAGACCGACCCGCUGUGACUUUGUGCUGCCGCGCAUACCAAUUUGUGGAGCACAAGACGAUCAAUCAAGAACAGCAGCAGCUCUUUCGCUGCAGCAACACACCCUUCCUCGUCUCCUCGGGACUACGGAUCUCAGUACCGGCACGCGACGACAGGUGCAGUGCGUAUUACGACCCCACGGAACGAUCCCACUGCAAACUUGGUGAGUAAUAACAGUCGACCUACUAUCACUAUCCGCGUGUGCCUGCUACCUUGUAGUACGCCGGUUCGCCACCUCUCGUCGCAGUGACGUCUUCAUCAGAUACACAGGUAAAAAUCUGCAGGUUUGCGCACUUCAUCUACAACUACAGCGGUAGCAGUUGCCCGAUCACUCGCACCAUAUUUUCCUUAGGACGCGACGGCGACACAGACGUCGCCCGGGCGCUCUUGGCACGCCGCGCUUGUGCAGAGACCGGACGAAGAAGCCUCUCUCCCCUUUCGCCGCCACUCGAACACAGACCUGACACCGGGAGCAAGAUACAACAGCUGACGGUCGCACCGUAUUAACGAGGGGACAAGACGACCCUAACCUGGCAGCAAGGCUAGAUCUUCCUUCCCUGAUACAACUCAAGCAACAGCGGCGCACUGUGAGAGUACACCGGAGCAGUAGUGCCGACAGAACAACAAGAGGAGGCACUUAGAAGAAACCGGCGAUAUUUAGCAAAACGUAAAGACAGUCGGGAGCAGUACGUUCUUCGGCCCCAGUUCAAAAGCGGCUUUCUUACUGGCCGAAGGCUCGCGUUCGAUCUGUGUUUUCCGCGCUUUGGCCGUCCCUUUUCCAAAUCGCAGGCGGAAAUACCGGUCACAAAAUGGGCGCGAAACCCUCAAAAACCUUGAUGGACACCAUCAUCGAGGUAAAAUUGACGAAAAAACGACUCGAAGCAGCGCAGAGGAAGGCAGAAAAACAGCACGGCAUGGAGAAGCAAAAGGUACUUUUAGUAGUGAUGAAUGAGUUUGAGUGAUCAGAAUUCCAGGUACUCGCAGAGAAAGAUUCAGAAAGCGGAAUUGCUUUCGCAUUGGCAUGUUAGUUUCUGAUGUCGCAGAGCUGGAGUUUGUCUACCUCCGAGGUUCAGGGAAUGGUUCCAGAACUUGUUCAUCUUUCUAAUUCCCCAGGUCCUGAAAGCCAUCGAGCAGGGAAACCUCGAGGGCGCACGUGUUUACGCAGAAAACGCAAUACGGAAGAAAUCCGAAGCGCUGCAGAUGCUCCGACUCGCGGCUAGAAUGGACGCUGUAGCGUCGAAACUAGACACAGCAGAGAAAACACAGGCGAUGUCGCAGAACAUAUCGGACACAAUACCCCAGUUAGACGACGCGCUGACAAAGAUGACACCGGAAGCAAUCGCGACGAACAUGGACCAAUUUGAGAAGAUUUUCGACGACCGUACUUGUUUGAUGUCUGGAUCAUGUUUUGGUUCGAUUUUCGGGUUGUGCGUUCGUGAUGUGAAAAUUUAGAGAAAGAGGUAAGGGAAUGAAAAAAGGGCUACGACAUGUCUCACAUAAACAAAUCACAGUGGACGUGCGCAUGAACUACAUCACGACGGCGGUUGACAGCACCACCGCUUCGGCAACACCAACAAACGAAGUCGACCUACUCAUCCAGCAGGUCGGUGAGGAGCACGCCAUGGAUGUUUCCAACCUCCUAAAUCAGGACGGACUGAAAGACCCCCUGACGGCGGCGAUCUUGAAUCCGGCCGCCGGGCUUCCGGGCAAGGACGCGUCGAAAGAUUCGGUUGGGGAGGAUUUGGAAAGCCGGCUCGCGGCGUUGCGGUCGUGA